AUGGAGGCGGUCUCGGCGGUGCACGAGCUGUUCAACAGCUGCCGCGGUGGCGCGUGGCCUUUGGUCUCCGUCUCCGCCGCCCACGCGCUCCUGAAGCAUCACCUCCGCCAGACGGCCGCGCUGCCGGACGAAGACCUCGAUGCAGUCCUCGCGCACGCCUUCCCCGACUCCGAGGCCGCUGACAUCGACUUCCUCAGCUUCUGGAAGGGGAUGGAGACGCUCCUGGCCUCUCUGGGCCUGCAGGACGCGACCGUGGCGGAGGCCGACGCGCGCCUCCGCGGCCUCCAGUUUUUUCGCGAUCGCAUUCUCCAGGUCGCGCAUGCAAGGCGGGCGCAGGUGGCCCGCGAAGACGAACGGGGCGCAGGGCGGAACGGCCGCGGCAAGGAGCUGCCGCUUUCUCAGGCUCCGCGUCGCACUUGCGUCCCGCCGUUGCCUGAAGUGCUGCUCACGAAGAGCGAGAUCGAACACAUCGUCAGAGAGACAAGCCGUAGCGUCGGCGGCCGGCGCGCGGCGAGGGCGACGCGGGCGGCGGGGGAGCGAACAAGCACGGGAGACGCCGCCUCGGGAAACGCGUUCUGGGACCACGUGUACGCCGACACCGUGCGGAUGCCGGAGGGCGCGCUAUUCUCAGUCGGGGAUCUCUCCAGCAUGGUGCUGGGAUUCCUCAGCGUCUACGUGGAGGACGACUACUCUCGCCGGGAAGGCGAGGAGAAAGAGGAGGCGGCCGAGGGCGCGGACGGGGACUGGCUUGCGGACUCGGAGACCCAGAACCCCGCGAGGCCGCCGCUGACCCCCAGGGAAUGGUUUAGGGACAGCGGCGCACGCGACGGCGGAGGCGGACAGACGCGUGGCAGCGACGACGAGGAUGAUGAUGAUGAAGACCGCUUCGGAUACGCGGUGCAGGCCGAAGACAACGCGGAGUUCGUGGAGCAUGCAGCGCGGAGAAGAGAAUCGUGUGAAGAAGAUUCUUCUGCGUCGUUCUCCCGCGAAUCAUCGCAGUCGUGGGCGCCUCUGGACCGGCGCAGCUUCUCAUCGUUUGGAGCUUUUUCUUUGGAGAAGGAGCGUGACGAUGGAGGAGGCGCCACAGAUCACGAGGGCGACGAUGCGUUCAGUGACCUCGCGCGGGAGAGGCAUCCCGGCUGGGCGCGCGGGAGUUCGUUUCCGUUUCAGGCACGCCCCAUUCCCCCUACUUGCCGAGCCACCAGAGAGCUGAAAGAAAAAGAGAGAAGGGAGCGAAGAAGGCGCGAACUCCUUACCUCCUCCUUGGCGUCGUCGUCCUCCUCCGCUUCGGCGCCUCCAGCCGACGCCCGCCCUCGCGCGCCGCCUCGUUCGGCUACCUUGCGCGGUCAGCAGGGAGGAGACAGAAAAGAGGGGAGAGAAGACUCGCCAGCAGAGGAGAGCGCGCGGGCAGCGUCGCCAACUUCUUCAGCUUCGCUGCUGGCCUCUCCCCUUUCCAGAGGACAGGCGGCAGCCCGCGGCUCCGCAGAGGAAGAAGGAGAAGGCGAAGAGGAAGACCUGCCUGUGUUUGGGAGUCGGGCGUACGUUGGAGGGGAGAGCGACGCGAGUGAGGGGCUCCAAGACGCCCUGCAUGCGGAAGAUGAUAGACAGAGAAGAGAGUCCGCAGAGAGCGGAGAGGGACAUGAAAAUGGAGCCACAGCGGAAUUACGAGCGCGCAACGAGGCGGCUCACGUAGAGAAGAACGAGGAGGAAUUCGAAGACGCUGAGAGAAACAGAGAGGAGAAGAGUCACGCGCCUCGCCCUCUCUCUCUCUCCGUAGGGCUGCAUGCAGGCGACAGGAACUUACGAGGCGCGACCCCGUGGGAGAGUGCUGAGCGAGACAUCCAGGGCGCACAAACAGACGACGAGCGAGAGGGAGAAGAAGGAGAAAAGGGGGAAGGAGAGCCCGCAGAAGAAGGCGCACGUCUCGAACACGGGGAGGAAGGGACGCUGAGAGACGGAGAAGACAGUGAAUGCGUUUACCCGUCUCGUCAUUCGUUUUCUCGCCUAAAAUCCCUCCAGAGCGAGGGACGCGAGAGCUCCGGAGGACCUCAAGAGGGAACCAGUCGCCGCGCAUGCUCGUCGCGGCUGGGACAGGCCCUUCGGCGGCUGGCGGACACGUGUGCAGUUCGCUUCACGAGCAGAGUGAAUCACCUGAAGCAGAUUCAGGAUGCGCAGCGUUGGAUCUCGUGCGCGGUUGAGGCUUUCGAGGACUUGGAGAGCUGCAACUCCCAAGCCGAAGAGGAUAUACGAGCGGCGGAGCGCAGGGCGCUCCGCCUGCGAAGCGAGAAGAGUCAGCUGCUGGAACGCCUGAAGAUCCUCGAGGCGCAUACGGAAAAUCAGCCUGAGGAAGGGAAGGAGCUGCAAGCUUUGCAGGAGCAGCUGCGGACUUUGCAGAGUCAGGUGAAAGAGCAGAAGCGAGAGUUAAUCGCAAAGGAUGAGCUUCUUCGCCGCGCGACAGAAGAGAGAGACAGCCUGCAGACGAAGACUUCCGCGCUGCAACGGUGGUAUACGAAAAAAGUCGAGGAUGUGACGCGCGUAUCGGAGGAGCGCACGCAGCAGCACCAGGAAGACGUCGAGACGCUCAAAGAGGAGAAGGAAGCCUUGGAGAGAGAACUGGCCUUAGCCGCCGAGCGUCUGCGCCUCACACAGGCGGCCUCGGCUGCGGCAGCGGCGCCGCGCGAUGACGAGCACCUGAAGAGCUCGGAGUUAUCUCGUGACGAAGAGCGCGAGAAGAACUCGACUUUGCGGGAGCAACUGAGGGAGAGCGAGGAUGCUAGAGAGACACUGCAACUCGAGGUGGAGGAGAAAGAUGCACUCAUUUACCGGCUCAAACGCCAAACGGAGGAGACUCAAGAGAAGCUGUACGACCUCGACGUCAAGCUGCGGCAGGCCUCGCGGCUGGUGGUUCACCUGCGGCAGGUUCGCGAUGACCUGUUGAAGUCUCAGGAGAAGUGGAGGCGAGAGGCCGCGCACGAGCGGGAGAAGAUGGUGAAGGUCUUCCGUGAGGCUGCGGAAGCGCGCGACGACAGCUCGCCGCAGGAGCGCGGCGCAGGUUCGCUGGCGGCGGCAACGGCGCUGCGGGCGGAACAGCAAAUUCGCCUGCUGCAGAGCGAACGAGAAAUUCAGCUGCUGCGAAACUCGCUAAGCGCAGCGCAGGCCCACAUUCGGCGCCUCGAUCAGUUCAUCGACGAGCUGCGCCAAGAACAGCAUGCGUCGUCGCGGUCGGAGCUGAAGAUGGCCUUGUCUGCAGCGGACUUUUCGUCUUCGCAGCGCAGUCUCUCGCAGUCGCCCUCGUUUCUUUCUUCGCUGUGUCCCUCGCCCUCCAGCGCCUCCAGCUGCGGGCGCCUCGCGCUGCCGCUGAAAUCCCUACGGCGCCAUGAGAGCGCGGCGAGUUCCGCCCUCAGACCCGGGUCCACCGCCGCUGUUUCCGCCGAGGCCCGAGAAGACCGGCGCGGCGGAGGAGACAGAGAAGGAGACAGCAAAGGGGACGGAGGCAGCGAGGGACAAGACGAAGUGAGCGGGCAAAGAGAACGACUGGCGCGUGGCGGAGGCGAAAGCGCCGAAGUCGCAGAGGCCACCGGAAGCGAAGAGAGAGAAACGCGAAUGGAGAGGGAGGCGCCUGGAGUGCACAGAGGCGCUCGGAGCUUGGAGGAUGAGUUGGCUGCGUCUGCGGAGUUUUGCGCCACAGAGUCAACGAAGGCAACCGUGCGAAAUCUCGUAGAUGAAGAGAGUAUGGAGACCGAAAAGGGAGAGGAGGAAACAGACAGAGGAGAAGCCGAGCCGAGAGCAGCUGGCGAAGAGCCGCGCGAGGCUGCCGGGGUCGCGGAGACAAGGGAGGAAGGGGAUCACGGACGACUGGAGGGUGGUGCCCAGCUUGCAGAAGAGGAAGUGGAAGGCUUAGGGAGCUUCGAGAGAGAAGAAAAUCCCGAAACAGCGAAAGAUGACCUAGAAGAAAACCAAGCGGACGAAAGCGCGGAAACUCCGCAGUCGUCUCAGCAACCCGUCUCGCUUGUUGUUGAUGCGUCAGAAGGGAAACUGAAGGCGAUCCAGCAGAGCUGCGACGGAGAAGAGCGCGACGAUUCUCAGCAAGCGAGUGUGCCGUCGAGCGCCGCCACGUCCCGUUCUCUUUGUCUCGCUGCGGAGAGAGUGGGCGGCGCCGCAGACGCUUCUUCGUCCGCUUCUCCGCUUCUCGGCGGCGAGCCGGCCGCGGCAGAGUCUCUGCGCGCGGCGGGCGCGGCGCCCGAACUGGAGCCACAGGGCCCCACGUGCGAGCCCCGCGGCCGCGGAGACAGCUGGGCGGAGACGCCCUCAUCCGCCUGCCCGGCCGAAGCCGUUGCGGCUCCGCACCCGACAGACGAAGCGGAGGCGCGACCCUUUGAAGUACACGACGAAGAAGCAAGGACAGUCGCGGAGGCGGAGGCCCGUAGGACGGAAGGUGGCGAGCAGGCAGACGAAGCCGCGAAGAGUCUCCGCGCGGAAGAGGCGCUGCUUGUCCUGACCCGACCGACGCAGGGUCUCACGGACGAAACCCUGCGGGCACUCGAGAGGGAGGAGGAAGGCGCAGAGAUCGUUGGAUCGAUCAGGCGAAAGCUGCGGCCGCGACGCGAGGACUGGGAUCUCUCUCAGUCCGGCUCCAACUCGAGCUACACGUCCUUCUUGGUGGACGUGAGUGUCGCAGGGUCUGAGGACGAAGCCGGCGCUCUGCGACCUCGCGCAGUGCCGACGUCGCCGCCUGUCUCGCGGCGCUCACGCGGGAGCCGCGGCGGGACAAGCACCUCGUCGCCCUAUAUUCGGAGAAAGACGGGGCCGUGGCGGCGUGGCGUGCAUUUGCGCGACCAGGGUGCGAGUCCGUCGGUGCCCUCCCGAGGUAAGAGUCGCGGUCUGACUGGCAGUGACGCGGACGCUCGAGUGGCGGGCGUCUCGCCGUUUUCGCAGCUUACUGCGCACGGCGGCCGACGGCGGGACGAGAGGGGUGCAGCCGCGCUUCGCCGCCGCGCCUCGAUCGCGUUGAAGCCGCAGAGACGGCAGUCGGUCUCGGAUGAGAGGGGGAAAGUGCGGAGGGUGGGGAGUGAGCGGGCGAGUGCGCCUGAGGAGGAAGGGCGAGGCCUGGUCAAAGAGGCGUCGCAUGAGCGCCGCAGGCGUUGCAGCGACGACAGAGGGUCAUCGUCGCAGUCCGCAGCCCGGAAGGGCGCUGUGAGAGACGAGAUGGAAGGGGCGAAGCCGCGGAGGAGAAGGGAUGUGCAGGAGGAAGAAGCAUGGCUGCGGAAGGCAGCGAGAGAGCGAGAGGUUCGAGACCCAACACUUGGCGACCCACGACGCAGCAACUCGCAAGCGAAGGGGAUGGCGGCGGCCUCCCGCGGCAGCGGAGGCAUAUCAAAGAAGAGCGAGCCCGAGGAGGCUAAGACGUCCGCGAGGUCUUUGCCAGCGCUUUGGAGGCGAGAACUGCUCGACAGUUGCCGAUCGAGCGCGGAGGGCAGCGAUUUCACGAGUCUGGGGUCGCACCCUGCGGUGUCGCCUGUUCCUCGCCUCGGAGUGGUCACUCCUCCGUCGUUCUCGUCUGCCUCUUCGCGACCCCUGCGCCUCUCUUCGUCCUCGCUCUCCUCUUCCUCGCCUUCGUUUGCCUCGCUUCCUGGAGAGCUCGGCGGCCGGGCGCGGCGCUUGCUCUCCGCAGCUCCGCGCCAAGAGAGUCUGCCGCGCAGCAUACGCGGCGACGCGCCGGACGACGACUCGCAGGCAGGCUCGCGGACUUGGUUGUCGCAUAGCCGACGCGGAGCCCGCCAAAGGUCUGCGCAAAUGGCAUCCUUUUUCGGGGGGCCGGAGUCGUCGCGGGACCCCGGAAGCCGGCCGGAGACUGCCGGUGUACGUACACUGAGCCACUUCUUCGGCGACGGCCCUGCGCGGCAGCAGGGAAGGCUCGCCGUGCAGCGACCCGCCGCGAAAGACGAAGGAGAAGAGGAAACGUUUUCGCCUCUCUCUCAUUCCGAACGCCCCAAGAAUCCCGUGUCCAGCACCGCGCUGCACGCGAGGUCACAGUCCGUUCUCUCGGCGGAGGAGCUCGACUCCGCCUCGCGCGACGUCGCGGUGCGUGAGCCAGGAGAGAAAGUGGACGGGCUGCCAGCGCUGAAAGGCGAAUUUCCGCUCUCUCCAGUCUCCUCCUUCCCGCAGACCAGCAGCACGCUCGAGGGAGAAGACGGCGACUACACCGAGAGAGAGGGCGUCACGAGUUUGCAUCUGGUGUCGUCUUCCGCGGCGUCAUCCAGGGCAGAGGAGGAGAGCUUUCCGCGCCUCUUGUCUGCAUCUCCUACGGACCUGGCGGCCUCCAGCGAAAGUCGUUCUCUCCUCUCUGGAGUCCCAACUUCGCCGCCUUUGAGCGCGUACGCAGAAAGGCGUCCGGAGGCUGCCGCGACCGCGAAGGGCGGGCGGCUCUCUUGGAGAGACGCACGACGACGAGGGGAGAAGGAGCGCGAAGAAGGCGAAGAACACAGGAUCGUUGAUCACCCCUCUCGCCUGGCGUCUCGCGCGGCCUCGGAGACCGAGCGCCUCGGGUGCCUCGCUCUCGUGAGCAAAGGCGCAGAAGAGAAUCUUGAAGACGCUGAAAAACGGGCGGCGCAGAAAGCGCCGAAAGCAGUAGAUCCCCUGGCGACCGCGCUGGCGUGGGCGCCAAGCCAGCUCGCUGGCUCGUCUCCCGCGUCCGCGAAGGCCAGGGAGAAGAUCGGCGCAGGCAGAGACGACGGAAGGAAAGCUUCUCGCACUCUGGGCGGCGUGCACGCGGCGCAGGCGCUGGGGAGCGCGUUUUCUGACGACUCGACUUUCUCGCUUUCUUCGUCGCUUCGUGCGCUGGUGGCGGCCUUCGCUGCGGCGGACGAGGAGGCAGACAAGCUCGAGUCACAAGAGGCUCGGCCUCGCGCGUCUCUCGUCAAACACGCGAGUGAGCUGAAGGGCCUCCUGAGACAGCAGACGCGCGACGGUGGAAAAGCGCAGGAAGCAGUGCGCAGCUUGAGCGGAGGAGCUGUGGAGACUCUGAGCGCCCACGCGGCCAAAGCGGCCGACGACGACGCUGCGAGGCGCCACGUGCGUCUGUUUCAUCGAAGCGGCGAAGCUGCCGGAGAGGGGAACGGGGCUGUCCUCUCUGAAGAUCCCGUGGCGGGCCUACAGCGCCGCGGAAGCGGGGAAGGUGGAGAGCGAGCAGAAAGGCGCGACGGGGAGCCCAGAAGACUGAGUUGCUUCUCCUCGGCCGGGUCGUCGCCUCCGGCGUCCUCGCUGAUGGCGUCUGCGGCUCAGGGGACCUACGCAGAGAGAAAGAAAGAGAGGGAGAAGGGAGAGAGGAGAGAGCGACCGGAGGAGACGCGAGGAGGAGCUCUGCAGGAACAGAAGUCGUCCAUGGCAAUGGCGUCCGCCGCCGCAGACUGGAAUCCCAGUCGGCAGUCGAAAGACGAAGACCCUCCGACUAGCGGCACGCUGAAACUGCGGCGAACGGUUUCCUCAGUCUCUACUCGCUCGGUGGGCCGCGCCAGCUCGCUCGACGUGACGCGACGAAGCGACUCGGGUACUGUUCCGCCUACGUCUGAAGACAGAGGAGGCCUCGGAAGUCUCGGCAGCGUUUUCGCGAGUGGGGAGAUGCCGUGCCUGGGGCACGAGGGGACGGCAGACGAAGUAGGAAGCCGUAAGAGCGAGGCUCAGCGAGACGCGCGGCCGUCGCCGUCUGAGGAGGCGCGAGGCGAGCGCGAGGAGGAGAGAAGACGCGCGUUGUUUUUCUUCACGAAGCCGAGGCGAAGCGGCGCAGAAGACGACGAUGCUUCUUCACUCUCGAACUCCCACACCUCGCAUGCGUCCGUUCAGACUGCCCCUGGGGGUUCGGCGGUGCCCAGGCAGCUGACCAGCUCAGGCGCGCCGCACAAGGGCGGCAAGCGCGCGCUCUCCUACGCUUCGCUGCCAGCUGCGUCCUCCCCGUUUUCUUUCUCGUUCCCCACUUCUUUUUGGGGCGAGAGCCAAGCCGCGGACUCCGAAGGCGAGGCCCCUGCGCGUGAGACGGCUGCGUCGUCGCUGUCGAAGAAGCUCCCGCAGAGUCAGCUGCUAGGGCGCGUGCCGAGCAAGCGCGGAAUGCCUGAGGCGCGUGAGACGCUUCGCGCGCCUAGAAAGACAGAAAAGCUCAGCGAACACCGAAGGAAGGAAGGAUCUUCGCGGUCUUCUUUCCCGACCACGGCGUCGUCGCCUCGCUCGCUUCUCAGCGCCCGCUUUUUCGAGGCCGAAGGAAUUGGGCCUUCGCGCGCGGCGGCCGCGGUGCAGAGGGGAGAGCCGAAGAAACUCAAACUCCCUGGAAAGGAAAGAAACGAGAAGUGCAAAACGACCGGCCGACAGGCGUCCCGCCCGCUCUACUCUCUCUAG